AUUACACACAUAAAACACACUGGGCAGUAAUCCAUCAAAUAGAGUUUCCCCCGUAUGCGUCGUGGCAACCGUUUGUUUGAGGAAGUGAGGAAGAGAAAUACAAGUGGCGUUUUGCAAAACAUGAAUCUCCCACAAGGCUUAUUAUUAACAUAAACAGCUCGGUUUGAUUCCGGGUUAUACAGUUUCAGUCUGAGGGCCGAAAAGAUCAGUGUCAGAACACCACAUGCGAAAGGUCUUUCAUAUUUAAUGAUGAGUGUCUUGAGGACUCGAAUGUUUCUCAUUCAGCCCGGUGUGGAGGUGAUGAUGGCGGCAGCGCGCGGUGUGUUUGCAGGGCCGAUCAAGAGACUUCUCCCCCGGGGUAGUUUUACUCAGACUCGCGCCUGGUCCUCUCAUGGUUCCGUUUCUGAUUGGAGGGAAGUCCGGCUGAAUCGGCUUGAGGGUGAAGACAACGGUAUCGUGGAAGUGCUGAUGUGUCGCGAAAGAGCACGCAACUCUCUGGGACAUGUGUUUGUGGGUCAGAUGAGGGAUCUGGUGUCGUCAUUACAGCAUGAUUCUGCUGUUCGAGUGCUGGUCUUCAGGAGUCUCAUACCUGGAGUCUUUUGUGCAGGAGCUGAUCUGAAGGAAAGGGCUCAGAUGAGUAAUGCAGAAGCUGAGCUGUUUGUUCAUGGCCUACGAUCACUAAUGAAUGACAUCGCUGCGCUGCCCAUGCCAACCAUAGCAGCAGUGGACGGCUUCGCUCUCGGCGGCGGUUUGGAGUUGGCGCUGGCGUGUGACCUUCGCACGGCAGCACAUUGUGCACAGAUGGGGCUGAUUGAGACGACGCGAGGAUUACUCCCAGGGGCAGGGGGCAGUCAGAGGUUGCCCCGGACUGUGGGUUUUGCCGUGGCGAAAGAGCUGAUCUUCACGGGUCGCCGUGUUGGAGGUGAACAGGCUGUGAAUCUGGGUUUGGUGAACCGCUCUGUGCCUCAAAACCAGACAGGAGACGCGGCCCACAGAGAGGCUCUGAGUCUGGCCAGAGAGAUCCUACCUCAGGCCCCGAUUGCAGUGCGAAUGGCUAAAGUAGCAAUGAAUCGAGGUGCAGAAGUAGACAUCUUUUCAGGAAUGGCUAUUGAAGGAAUGUGUUACGCCAGGCUCAUUCCUACACGGGACAGACAAGAGGGCAUGGCUGCGUUUAUAGAGAAGAGGCCUCCAAGGUACACCGGAGAAUGACUCAAACCUGCGUAACACAUUUUUAAUCAACAGUACAAAUGCCUUGAACAUACUGUACUGAGAAGUGCCAGGUUUUAGUUUCCAUUGAAAUCUGAGCAUUAUUAGUUUUAAUAAUAACUACCAAAACCAACUCAAGGAUCAUGUCGUUACACGUAAUUAUUUGUUACACGCAUGUUUUUUUUUCUGGAUCUAUUUGUCUAAACAAUUAUCUCCAGAAUCAUAAAAUACUUUUAAAUGAAAGUAAAAACAUAUUUGUCAUUUUAUAGAUGGAAUAUCCAUUAAAUUUUAUUGAUUAUAUUAUUACUUUAAAGUAGUCAUUUUAUUAUGCCUUUAUUUUUUGAUUGUUGCACAAGUGCAAUUCACUUAAUUGUCACCAGUGCUAUAACAAUGGUCUUAGAAAUACAUGGAAGUUUUAAUAGUUAUGUUUUCACACAAAGAUGCGAAUUAGAUUCAUGCGCAAAACUGGAAUAUCGCCUAAAACAUUUGUGAAUGAUCAACAGUUUCCAUCUAAUUAUUCAAAGAGAAUAAAAUCAUCACUUCCUGAUAAACUGACAGCAAAUUAAAAAAAUAUAUAUAUAUUCUCUUAUAUGUGCCUCUUUCCUCAUAUAUUUAAUUACUUGUGCCUCAGAAGACGAUGCCGAAAAAACUUUUUGAUGCGCAUUUUGGAAUUUAUUUGGUAAAUGCAUUUCCAUCGUUGUUUAUGUGCAUUUAUUUCUUAAUGGAUUAAAUGUUUAUCAACAUUUAUGUGCAUCUUGCUGGUUCCAUUAAGCUUUUUUAUGCAAUAUUUCGAAAUGCGCAUAAUAAUAGAUGGAUGAAAGCACAGCUACUGAAGAUAACUGCAGACUGAAGCGGCAUGGGGUUUACGCUCUUUAAUCUCCAAGCAAUUUUGCAUAAAUGGGAAUCUGUGCAUCAGUACGACACUCUAGUUUACUCUGGUUUUUCUGCUCAAUACACACUCUGUAGUAUCCUUACAGAGGGACAAGUGUAACCCACUGGUCCUACCGCACCCAACCCACUGUAAGCUGGAAUGGAACCGGCGAUUUUCUGAAUGAGAGUCUCUUGUUCUAACAAGGAGGCUAGUGACCAUGGCCUUUAGCGUCUGUCACUAGAGCAACUUUAGAGGUCAGAGGAGUGAGGUUUACCCGCACAGCACUUCCCAUCUAAGCUCCAUUACACUUAUUACCCCCCAA